UACUACAGGGUUCACAAACGUCACUCGCUGCAACGCGUCCCCGCCUUAUCGAUUACCGCCGACGCGGUCGAACUGGUCUUCAUGAUGUCACUUCAGCAAAUCACGGUGCAAUAGAAUAAGCAGCCCCGCGAUUUGCCAGCGCGCUCCUGCAGCCCAUAUACCGACGACACCCAUCAGCGUCCGCCAUACGCACUUUAAUGCAGUCACUACGUCUCCUGCCUACUCUGCGAACCUCACUACAGCUUCAGUUCAAAGCACAAUUUCUCACGACUAGCAUACACAGAGCUGCAUUCAGUACAACAGUCCGAGCUAUGGCGCAGGAAUUCAAGCUCAAGGACGUCACGUCCUUGCAAUUGAAGAACGGCGAGAAGAAGGAGGUCGAGGUUGAGGGUGUGGAGGGUGCUAAGGUGUUGCUGCUCAAGUCCCAGGACAAAGUCCAUGCUACCUCGCCCACCUGCACGCAUUACGGCGCACCGCUUGUCAAGGGCGUACUCACGCCUGAGGGUCGGUUGACAUGUCCUUGGCACGGAGCUUGCUUCAACGUUUCCACCGGUGACGUCGAAGAAGCGCCAGCUCUCGACCCAAUCUCAAAGUACGAGGUGUUUGAGCGCGAUGGGGCCGUUUACGUCAAAACAGACGAGCAGACACUGAAGGCUGGCCGAGGAAGCCUCAACAUCAAGUGCUCGGCAGUCAGUGAUGAGAAGGUCUUGGUGAUUGGAGGUGGGUCUGCAACACUUGGUGCCGUCGAGGGUCUUCGCGGUGGAGGGUUCAAGGGCAAGAUCACGGUCAUCUCAAAGGAAGGCUACCAGCCAAUCGACCGAACGAAGCUGUCAAAGGCCCUUCUUGCUGACCUGAGCAAGGCGGCCUGGAGGUCGAAGGACUUCUACAAGGACGCAUCAAUCGAGUUCAUCGAGGGUGAGGCUAAGAGCGUCGACUUCUCCGGCAAGAAGGUCGAGACCAAGUCAGGCAAGACAUACGAGUACUCCAAGCUGGUGCUGGCCACCGGUGGUACACCCAACUUCUUGCCCCUUGAAGGUCUCAAGGGAGAUCUGGGCAACACUUUCUUGCUGCGGACGCUGCCGGAUGCACAGAACAUCCUGAAGGCUGUUGGCGACAACGGCAAGAAGGUUGUCGUGAUCGGUAGCUCUUUCAUCGGCAUGGAAGUUGGCAACUGCUUAGCAGGUAUGAAGAACGAUGUUACAGUUGUCGGCAUGGAAUCGGAGCCAAUGGAGAGAGUAAUGGGUAAGAAGGUCGGAAAGAUCUUCCGCGGCCUGCUCGAGAAGAACGGUGUCAAGUUCAAGAUGGGUGCUAGCGUCGAGAAGGCCACUCCAUCAAAGAGUGACUCAUCGAAGAUUGGCACUGUCCACCUGAAGGACGGCACCACACUUGAGGCAGACCUUGUCAUCGAGGGUGUGGGUGUGAAGCCUGCCACAGAAUAUCUGAAGGACAACUCCAGCGUCCAGCUAGAGAAGGACGGCUCACUGAAGACGAACGAGGCCUUUGAGGUCCAGGGUUUGAAGGACGUGUUUGCCAUUGGCGACAUUGCGACCUAUCCGUACCACGGGCCUGGAGGCAACGGCACACCCGUUCGCAUCGAACACUGGAACGUUGCACAAAACGCGGGCCGGUCGGUGGCCAGGUCGAUCAACGAGCCCGGCUCCAAGCCCAAGGCGUUCAUACCCGUGUUCUGGUCAGCCCUCGGCUCGCAGCUGCGGUACUGCGGUAACACAGUCAACGGCUACGACGACGUUGUGCUGCAAGGAGAUGUCGAGAAGCCCUCAUUCGUGGCCUACUACACGAACGGAGAUGAGGUUGUUGCAGUAGCCUCGAUGAUGAAGGACCCCUACAUGACGCAGAGUGCGGAGCUGAUGCGGAGAGGGAAGAUGCCUGGCAAGAAGGAGCUGCAGAACGGCAAGGACAUCUUGGACAUUGGGCUCCCAAGCGAAAUCAAGAUCUAGAGGCGUACCAUGGAACUCGGCGGUGGAAGGGCCGCAUACGGCAGGAGAGACAACACGAGGAGAGUAAACAGCCGGCAAGGCGAGAGAAAUAAUAUGAGCAACCACCCAACA